AUAUAUUAACUUUAUUUUUUUAAUUAACUGAUACUUAAUUACAUCAACUUUUUAUUAACACUUUUAAUUAUAUUAACUUUUUUUUUUAAUGAUUAGCAAUAACUUUUAUUAGACUACAAGAACAUAUAUUGCCACCCGGCAUACAUUAAUGCAUGCUAAAUAAUGAGAUCAAUUGGAUGUAUGCGAUCUAUUAUUUUAAAUCUAUCUAUAUCUUUCAAAUUUCAAUUAUGUAUUUUCAAGUUAUUUUUAGAUCUUCCAUCAUUUUUGCUUUUAUCCCAGCCCUAAUUAACAAGCGGUUGUUAAAUUGCAAAAAAUAUUUCCUUAUUUUUUGGGACUCUGUUUGCCUUCAGGUCUUUUUCAAUAUCAUUUUCGAUAGUAACAUCUUUAAAAUUGUCUUUAUUUAACUGUCACGUUCACGUGUUUUCACGAAGAUCAUCCCGUGUAGUACCAUUCUAGCAAAGGAGGUAAGUCGAAUUGACUUGGCGAAGGAGGAUGUUAAAUAAAUUGUCGAUGAGAAUAAAUUGAAUUGACUUGGCGAAGGAGGUUUUUAUUUUCAGUUGGAUAAUCUUGGAAUGAUAUCAUGAUUUCACUUUGAAUCUUAUUUCCAUCAACCUAGCAGAAAGGAUUGCUUCUAUAUCUAUACCUCAGCGGCCUAGGUGAUGGAGAAGGUGAGAAGCCAACAAUUUAAUUUUAAAGUACGAAUAUUUUAUUUUAUUUUAUUUUU